GGGUGGGGUGUGCGGCGAGUGCGGCGGCGGCGGCGGCGGCGGCGGCGGCCUCCCCGAGAGUCGGGCGGGAGGGGACAGCGGGUGUGGAUUUGCCUUGACGAACUAAAGAUUCCAGAUGGCAAAUUCUAUGAAUGGCAGAAACCCUGGUGGUCGAGGAGGAAACCCCCGGAAAGGUCGAAUUUUGGGUAUUAUUGAUGCUAUUCAGGAUGCAGUUGGUCCCCCCAAACAAGCUGCUGCCGAUCGCAGGACAGUGGAGAAAACUUGGAAACUCAUGGACAAAGUGGUAAGACUGUGCCAAAAUCCCAAACUGCAGUUGAAAAAUAGCCCGCCAUAUAUACUCGAUAUUUUACCUGAUACAUACCAGCAUUUGCGACUCAUACUGAGUAAAUAUGAUGACAACCAGAAACUUGCCCAACUAAGUGAGAAUGAGUAUUUUAAAAUCUACAUUGAUAGCCUAAUGAAAAAGUCAAAACGAGCAAUAAGGCUUUUUAAAGAAGGCAAGGAGAGGAUGUAUGAAGAACAGUCACAGGACAGACGAAAUCUCACAAAACUGUCCCUCAUCUUCAGUCACAUGCUGGCAGAAAUUAAAGCAAUCUUUCCCAACGGUCAGUUCCAGGGAGACAACUUCCGCAUUACUAAAGCAGAUGCUGCUGAAUUCUGGAGAAAGUUUUUUGGAGACAAAACUAUCGUCCCAUGGAAAGUAUUCAGACAGUGCCUUCAUGAGGUCCAUCAAAUUAGCUCUGGCCUGGAAGCAAUGGCCCUAAAGUCAACGAUUGACUUAACUUGCAAUGAUUAUAUUUCAGUUUUUGAAUUUGAUAUUUUUACCAGGCUAUUUCAGCCUUGGGGUUCUAUUUUGCGAAAUUGGAAUUUCUUAGCUGUAACACAUCCAGGUUACAUGGCAUUUCUCACAUAUGAUGAAGUUAAGGCACGGCUACAAAAGUACAGCACCAAACCUGGAAGCUACAUUUUCCGGCUAAGUUGCACUCGCCUGGGACAGUGGGCGAUUGGCUAUGUGACAGGGGAUGGCAAUAUCUUACAGACCAUACCUCACAACAAGCCCCUAUUUCAAGCCCUGAUUGAUGGCAGCAGGGAAGGCUUUUAUCUUUACCCUGAUGGACGAAGUUAUAAUCCUGAUUUAACUGGAUUAUGUGAACCCACACCCCAUGAUCAUAUAAAAGUUACACAGGAGCAAUAUGAACUGUAUUGUGAAAUGGGCUCUACCUUUCAGCUCUGUAAGAUCUGUGCAGAGAAUGACAAAGAUGUCAAGAUCGAGCCCUGUGGGCAUUUGAUGUGCACUUCUUGUCUAACAGCAUGGCAGGAGUCUGAUGGCCAGGGAUGCCCUUUCUGUCGUUGUGAAAUAAAAGGAACGGAGCCCAUAAUCGUGGACCCCUUUGAUCCUCGAGAUGAAGGCUCCAGGUGUUGCAGCAUCAUUGACCCCUUUGGGAUGCCAAUGCUGGACCUAGAUGAUGAUGAUGAUAGAGAGGAGUCAUUGAUGAUGAAUCGGCUCGCCAAUGUUCGAAAGUGCGCUGACAGGCAGAACUCACCAGUCACCUCACCAGGAUCUUCCCCUCUUGCUCAGAGAAGAAAACCCCAGACAGAUCCUCUGCAGGUUCCACAUCUCAGCCUGCCUCCAGUGCCUCCUCGUCUGGAUCUAAUUCAGAAAGGCAUCGUCCGAUCUCCCUGUGGCAGCCCAACUGGUUCACCAAAGUCUUCUCCCUGCAUGGUGAGAAAGCAAGACAAGCCCCUCCCAGCCCCUCCUCCUCCUUUAAGAGAUCCUCCUCCCCCUCCACCUGAGCGACCUCCCCCAAUUCCACCUGACAACAGACUGAGCAGACACUUCCAUCAUGUGGAAAGUGUGCCUUCCAGGGACCAGCCAAUGCCUCUUGAAGCCUGGUGCCCUAGGGAUGUGUUUGGGACUAAUCCAUUGGUAAGCUGUCGCAUCCUGGGGGAUGGCUCACCUAAGCCUGGAAUCACAGCAAGCUCAAACACAAAUGGAAGGCACAAUAGAAUGGGCUCUGACCCAGUGCUUAUGCGGAAACACAGACGCCAUGAUUUGCCUUCAGAAGGAGCCAAGGUCUUUUCCAAUGGUCACCUUGGAAGUGAAGAAUAUGAUGUUCCUCCUCGGCUCUCUCCUCCUCCUCCACUUACUGCCCUUCUUCCUAGCAUAAAGUGUACUGGUCCAUUAGCAAAUUCUCUUUCAGAGAAAACAAGAGACUCAGUAGAGGAAGAUGACGAUGAGUACAAGAUUCCUUCAUCUCAUCCUGUUUCCCUGAAUUCACAACCAUCCCAUUGUCAUAAUAUAAAACCUCCAGUUCGGUCUUGUGAUAAUGGACAUUGUCUGUUGAAUGGAACACAUGGUAUGUCUUCAGAAAUGAAGAAAUCAAACAUCCCGGAGUUAGGCAUCUAUUUAAAGGGAGAUGUUUUUGAUUCAUCUUCUGAUCCAGUGCCAUUACCACCUGCCAGGCCUCCAACUUGGGACAAUCCAAAGCAUGGUUCUUCACUCAACAAGACGCCCUCUGAUUAUGAUCUUCUCAUCCCUCCAUUAGGUGAAGAUGCUUUUGAUGCCCUUCCGCCCUCCCUCCCACCUCCUCCACCUCCUGCCAGGCAUAGUCUCAUUGAACAUACAAAACCUCCUGGCUCCAGUAGCCGACCCUCCUCAGGACAGGACCUUUUCCUUCUUCCUUCAGAUCCUUUUUUUGACCUAGCAAGUGGCCAAGUUCCUUUGCCUCCUGCUAGGAGAUUGCCAGGAGAAAAUGCCAAAUCCAACAGAGUAUCACAGGAGUAUGACCAGCUGCCGUCAUCUUCAGAUGCCUCACAAGCACCAGCCAGACCCCCCAAACCACGACCCCGCAGGACUGCACCAGAAAUCCACCACAGAAAACCCCACGGGCCCGAGGCAGCAUUGGAAAAUGUGGAUGCAAAAAUUGCCAAACUCAUGGGAGAGGGUUAUGCCUUCGAAGAGGUGAAGAGAGCCUUAGAGAUAGCCCAGAAUAAUGUGGAAGUGGCCAGGAGCAUCCUCCGAGAAUUCGCCUUUCCUCCUCCAGUCUCCCCACGUCUCAACCUAUAGCAGCCAGAACUGGAUAAACACCCACAUGCAAAGCAGAGCAUGAAAGGAGAGGCAGGAAGUGAACUCCCAAGCGAAGGAGUCUCCUCCUCACAAGGCAGCUUGGGAAGGGAGGCCUGCAGCAGCUUCUCGGAAGACUGUGUGCUUGCUCAGGAUGUCGAGGCUGUGGCUUCCUUGUUUUUGCUAGCCAUACUUUGAAAUCAGGGUUGAACUGACAAAAAAAAAAAAUAAUUUAAAGACGUUUACUGCUCUCGAACUUUUGAAUCUGUGAAAUUCUUUUCCUUGUUUACACGUUGGCAAAGUUGCAGUUGGGUUUUUAUUUUGAUCCCUGUACUGUGCUCCUGAUGGCCCCUGGAUGAAGCUGUCAGGUCUGCUGUAACAUCUCCCAUCACCUCCCUCGCUGUCCACAUUAACAGCGAAAGCACCUCCUCAUCUUCAUCCUUCUACACCCGACCCCCAGCCCCGGGUCCAUUUCCAUUUCUCCCAUUUCCAGAUGUUUUGAAAGUUCUGAUUUACAAUGUAUCAAACUAUUGCAAAAAAAAAAGCGUGUGGUCUUCACUACUGAGUCUUUUCUUUGGAAACGAUCACUGUUGAGAGAUGGGAAAAACAUGAUUGUAAAGUAUUUACUUGUCAAUAAACUACCUUUUAUAAGGUUUUUU